AUGGCAAAGACAUACAACGGAAACACGUCGGAGCAGCCUCCGCGGCAUGAGAUGGUCUACCUCCCCGGCGUACUGUCCCCCAAUCGAUCCUUUGGCGUAUUCCGCAAGGUCCUUCAUACAGGACUGUAUUCCCAAUUCGUGGCGAUGGAAGUGCCCGUGAACGGAGAAAUCGGAGACGAGAUCCACACCGUUGAUCAGGUCCUGCUGUUCACCCACGGAAAUGGCAAAGCAAUCGUGGCCGGAAAAGAACAGGAUGUAAAGCAGGGCGACGUGGUCAUCGUCCCGGCUGGCACGCAGCACCAGUUUCUCAACAUCGGCAAAGAUCCUUUGGAACUGGUGACGGUGUAUUCGCCCGCAGAGCAUCACCCGGCCACCGUUCAUCAGACCAAGGCUGAAGGCGAUGCAAAGGAAGAAGCCGGUGAAGAUGAACCGCCGGAAUGGACCACGCGCAGUAAGGCCGAGAAUGAAAACCUGGGGUUGGUCACGCCUUGA